AUGGAAGCAAAGAAAAUCCCAGAAGUGAUGCUAAACUCAGGGCACAAGAUGCCACUGAUAGGCCUAGGAACCGCAUCACUUCCUCAACCACCACAAGAAGCUCUCACCUCCAUCAUUAUCGAUGCCUUUGAAGUUGGUUAUAGACACUUUGAUUCUGCUUCUUUGUAUGAAAGCGAGGAGGCUCUAGGCAAAGCUGUGUCAAAGGCUUUAGAGCUAGGCCUUAUAAAGCGCCGUGACGAAAUAUUCAUCACUUCAAAACUAUGGACCACUGAUUCUCACCAUGAUCUUGUUCUUCCAGCUCUCAAGACCUCACUGCAGAAGUUGGGGUUGGAGUAUGUAGAUCUCUAUUUGAUUCAUUGGCCAGUGAGGAUGAAACCUGAAGCUAAAGGGUAUGAAAAUAUGGUAAAGGAGAAUGUGAUUCCCUUUGACAUGAAAGGAACAUGGGAAGCUAUGGAAGAGUGUUACAGAUUGGGGUUAGCCAAGUCUAUUGGUGUCAGCAACUUUGGCAUCAAAAAGCUCACUCAGCUCUUAGAAAUUGCAUCCAUUCCUCCUGCUGUGAAUCAGGUGGAAAUGAGCCCAUCAUGGCAGCAGGGAAAACUUAGAGAAUUCUGCAAGCAAAAAGGAAUCCAUGUGAGUGCAUGGUCACCACUAGGAGCUUACAAAAAUUCUUAUGGUUCAAAUGCAGUGAUGGAGAACCCAAUUCUUAUGCAAAUUGCUUCUGCAAGACAGAAGAGCGUGGCUCAGAUAGCACUAAGAUGGAUAUAUGAGCAAGGGGCAAGUGCCAUUGCGAAAAGCUUCAACAAGGAGAGGAUGAAACAAAACAUUCAAAUAUUUGAUUGGGAACUGAGCCAAGAGGAAUCAGAGAAAUUCAGCCAGAUUCCACAGCAUAGGAUGUUCAGUGGAGAGAUGUUUGUUUCAGAAAAUGGGCCUUACAAGUCAUUGGAUGAAUUGUGGGAUGUUGAGCCCUGA